AUUCUAUGCCACACAAUGCCCACUCGCACAAGAAACCGCCCUGCUGCGAGGGCCCCUGGGCACAGCGCCGACCCUGUCCCGGCUGCGGCCCUCACGCACGGCAGCGCUGCAAAGGCACAGCGGGCACCCACAGAGCGAUGCGGGGCGGCAGCAGCUCCCCACAGCCGGGCACACAGAACCGGGCACGCCACGCUGGAAAUGCGGGAGCCCGCGGGCACCGGGCACAGGGACACAAACGGAGACACACGGACCCCCGGGCACGCGCGCUCCCGAGGGCGCGCACAGGCGGGCACGCGCGGGGCGGGGGCAAGAGGCGGAGGCGCGCUCGCAGGAAGAGGAAGAGGAGGAGCGGGAGGAAAAGGAAAGGGGAGAGGCGGGGCGUCCCGCAACUUCCCGGAGGCCCGGGCAGGUCCCUCGGCUGCUGCGGCGGGCCGGGGCCGGCGGUUCGGCUCUGUUCGGCCCGGCCCGGCCGGCAGAAUGACUGUCUUGUGCACAAUGAAACAUUUAUGUCAAGCAGCCAGAAAUGAGAACAGAUAUGUGAAAAGGUUCUUUGGUACUCUUCUGACACAAUCAGCACAAAAGUGGCUCUUUUCUCCAUUCUGGAUAGUGGUACCUGACCCUAGGAAGUCUGCUGUGUUUGGGCUUACUCAGCCAUUUUGUACAGGUGAAAAAACUCAUGCACAACCAAAAGGGAAAACAGCCUUUGGAAGUGUUGGGCGAAGAAUUCCCUAUCGUAUUUUGCACGUAAUCAACCAGGAUGGGGAGAGCUUAGGAAACAUGCACCGAGCAGAUGCACUCAGACUUAUGGAUGAACGUGGCCUGAAACUGGUUCUGCUUCGUGAGAAUGUAGAACCUCCCAUUUACAGACUCAUGACUGGGCAGCAGAUUCACGAAGAACAGCUUAAGCGUGCAGAGAAGAAAAAAUCAAGUCCAAAGCCAGGGGUGGUUCAGAAGGAGUUAUCCUUUUCUUCAGCUAUUGCCAAGAAUGACUUGGAGACCAAGACUAAACAGAUAGCACAGUGGAUUGAAAAGAAACACCAUGUUAAAGUUACCAUCCGGCAAGCAAAAGGUAGCAGCACAGACAUGUUCAUGCUUUUUGAUCAAAUUUUAGACACUGUGUCUGAGAAAGCCACUUAUCUUUCCAAGCCCAAAGUUGCUAGAGAAGGAGUGAGUACUUGUGUUUUGAGGCACAUGUCUGACAAAGAGUUGAAAGAACGCCAGAAGAUGGAAAUCAAGAAAAACAAUACCAUAAAGAAAGAUGAAAAUGAAGAUCUGAAGUCAAAUGAGUUGCAUCAGUGACUUUC